AUGCACUUCACCGCUUUUGUAGCUUCCCUUGCUGCCAUCUCCGGCGCCCAAGCCGCUCCUCUCUUCGGUAACUUGUUCCACCACAAUUCUACAUCUUCUGGUGUAAACGCUACCGCUACUGCUUCCGCUCAAUUCUCCGCGUACACUGGUGGACAAUUCAACCUCACCCAAAUCCUUGAAGAACAUAACAUCGAUCUUUCCGACCUCCGAGACUUGAAUGUCACUCAACUCUUAGGAGAGUUUGGUAUCACUCUUCCUUCUAACAUCGACCUUGAGUCUAUCGUCGAUGACUUGGAAACAAAGUUCAACUCCACUGGUCAAGGCAACAGCUUCCAAGGCGGCAGUUUCAUCCAUCAAAACUCCACAAGCAACGAUGACAAGAAAUCCUCGGGAGGAUUCUUCAGCGGUCUCUUCGGACACCAUGGUCAUCAUAAGAACAAGACUUCCAGUGCUGUUGCUAGCACUAGAACCAGGACCAGGACUAGCACCAGUGCCAGUGCCACUUUAUCGGCUGUUUCAGACUUCGAGCCCUCCUUCACAUCUACUAUCUCCUUUUCGGUUCCUACCCCAAGCUUCAGUGCUAGUGAUGUUGAGAGCUUCUCCAUCCCCUCUGCAAGUGCUAGCGAGAGCGACUCCUCUGUGCUCCCAUCCGCCAGUGCUAGCGCCUCAGCCUCCUUCGGUGACUUCAUUGGGAUCGGUAGUGAAAUCCUUCCUUCUAUCACCUCUUCAUUCGCAAUACCUUCCGUUUCCGCCUCAAGCGCCAGUGCUGCUGCCUCUUCCAUCUCUACUGUAACCGACGAUGAUGCUGGUAUCCCUGCUCCUACUGGUACCGAUGAUGACCUCUUGGAUUUGGACGCCACAGUCACUGCCGACCUUCUCGGUGCCGAGAUCACCGCUGAUGUCAACCUUGACCUCUAA